AUGAGCUAUAGUUAUUUUAAGUAUUUUGCUAUAGGCUCUACUAUAGUUGGAAUAUGCGCUUUUAUUUUGAGACCAAAACUAGCAGCAUGAUGGGAAAAGCGUAAAAAUAAGCAAAACAAAAAGCUAAUGGGCUCUAGAGAUUAUCAAGAACUAGAAAAAUGGGCUUUUGUAAAUCAAUCCUCUAGGAAGAGCGGAAUUCCUAACUAUGGAAAUACCUGCUAUUUAAAUUCUGUGAUCCAAGUUCUUUCGAGCACUCCAAGUUUUGUAGAUUUCAUAUCAAAAUCUAAAGCCAUUUUAUUCAUAAAUUUAUCAAAAAUUUUUGAUCUUAUGUUUACCCGUACCUCAUCAAGCAGUUUUAAACCAAGAAUUAUACAAUUUUUAAAAUAUAUUAAAAUUUCAAUGUUGUCCAUUACGACCAUUAGCUAACUGAUUCAGCCAAAAUUGGCUUUUCAAGUUUAAGCCCAAAAGUGGUAAAAACCAGGCAAGUUAGCAUACAUUAACAUUAACAUUACUUAGAGUAUUUAGCGUGUUUCUCUAGCUCCGCAAGUGAUUUAGCAAAGCCAUAAGGGCUCACCCAGUAGACACCAAUUGGUGACAUCACCAUUUUUAUCGGGUCGACGGACCAUCCUAAGCAAGUGACUGCCAAUUGGCUGCCAGAUCUCACGGCUGCGUUACCUCGCUCAAAACUUGACUCUUCCACGUUGUGCAGCCUUUGGGUCUCCCUCCUCGGGAGUGUCAAACUGUAAAACCCUGCGCCCACCAAGCAUCCAAGGAUCAGGCCAGGAGGCUGUGCACUCCUCCUAUUGCUUACCUGAUAUUGCUGGAUAAGGUCUCACUGGGAAAACUGACCUCUAUAAUAAUAAAAUUGCAAAGGAGAGAAAAUUCCUCAAAGAGACUUCUCUCGACGACACCAUUUUAUUAUUAUUAUGGCAAGUUAGCAUACAUUUAAUAAAGAAUUUCCUAUGGUAAACAAUAUUUAG